AAUAGACCUAAAUGGGAGCAAAAACGGACAGAGUCAGCCUGCCAUUAUGGCAGCUUAUGCUCUGAACAGCCUGAUAAUGAUGAACCCCAACAACCUGACCAAUAAGAGCAGCCCUCGGACAGGAAGGCCUGUGCUCCCAGUGCCCAGUCGUUCUACAUUUAGCCCGGUGCUGGGGGGCAGCGGAGGUCCCUACAGCCCAGGCAGCCUAAGCCCUGGGUCUGCAGGCAAUUCCUUUGUCUUCCCAACAGGUACCAGUUCCAGUUGUCAAAGGGCAUGUUCACCGUGUCGACGGCCAGAAUCACUGGGCGUGCAUGUGGGAAGUCGAGUGCGCAGACUCAGUGGGUCCGGCCUAGAGGAAGAACAGGAGAACGAAGAGCGGCGUGCCGCUCAGCAACUUGAGCGCCACAAGGAACUGCAGAACGUGGAGGUGAACAAGAAGGUGGACCUGUUUGAGGCCCAAAUAUCGGCUCAGGCUCACAGCCGAGAGGCUCAACGAAGCCCUCGAAUUUCCAGGAAAACUCCCCCGAACUUUAGCCCUGUCCAAAUUGGCAACCUCUGCUUGAAUACAGAGGAAACACUUGCGACACAGAACAAGGAUCACUCAACAGGGAUCCCCAAUGAACUGCAAAAUGGAAAGCGCUUCUCCUGCAUGGAGGAGGGGCUGCAGGUCAGCAGUGAAGAGAAGGACAGGGCUGACCCACAUACAGAAGAGGGCGGCCCACUUGAGAGCACAUCAGCAGGAAUUAAGAGCGAAGCUGACAGCCCUACCGACAAUCACUCCAGGACUUCACCAGAGUGCUCAGCAUCUUGGACCGAGACAUGUUUGACAAAGCCGGGAGCUGAGCCAACAGAAACCCAGGCAGAGUCUGACGGGGUCGGUCCAGAGCUGGGCUCCAUCCCUGCUGUCAUUAUUACGGACCACGGCAUGGAGGUCAGUGGGGAGGGCAAGGAGCCCCAAGUUAGUCCUCAACCUGGCAGAGCCGUAAGAAAGCUGUCCUCGUCUUCUGCCUCCUCAACGGGAUUCUCCUCGUCCUGGGAGGAAUCAGAGGACGACAUCUCCAGCGACCCAGAGCGGUCUCCAGCUUUCCUGCAGACUCAACAGAAAGCGCAUAAAUCAUGGAAGAAGAUCAAGAACAUGGUGCACUGGUCACCAUUUGUGAUGUCCUUCAAGAAGAAGUACCCUUGGAUCCAGCUGGCUGGCCAUGCAGGCAAUUUCAAGGCUGGAGCUAACGGUCGCAUCCUGAAGAAACACUGCGAGUGUGAGCAGCAAUGUCUCGAUAGGCUAAUGAGAGACGUGCUAAAGCCUUACGUUCCUGCCUACCAUGGAGAUGUAGAGAAGGAUGGAGAGAGGUACAAUCAGAUGGAGGACUUGCUGGCAGAAUUUGACCUACCGUGUGUCAUGGACUGCAAGAUGGGCGUCAGGACAUAUCUGGAAGAGGAGUUGACGAAAGCCAGGAAGAAGCCUAGCUUGAGAGCUGACAUGUACCAGAAGAUGAUCGAGGUGGAUCCCGAAGCCCCCACGGCAAAGGAGAACGAACAGAAAGCAGUCACUAAGCCGCGCUACAUGCAGUGGAGGGAAACCAUCAGCUCCACCGCCACGCUAGGCUUCCGUAUUGAGGGCAUCAAGAAUGAGGACGGAACAGUAAACAGGGACUUUAAAAAGACUAAGACGCGGGAACAAGUGACUGAGGCCUUCCAAGACUUCGUCAAAGGAAACAAGAACAUCCUGCAUUCCUAUCUGAACCGUCUGAAAGAGAUCAGGGACACGUUGGAAGUUUCAUCAUUUUUCAAAACGCACGAGGUGAUUGGCAGUUCUCUAUUAUUUGUCCAUGACAAACGGGAGCAGGCAAAAGUGUGGAUGAUAGACUUUGGGAAGACCACACCAUUGCCGGAGGGGCAGGAGCUGAGCCACAGGGCCACCUGGGUGGAGGGUAACAGGGAAGACGGCUACCUCUACGGCCUGGACCACCUCAUAGACAUUAUUUCCCAUAUGCUAGCUCCUAAACCCCACUAGAGUAAGAGGAUUCGAUCUUCUCUCCCUGCCCUCAGGCGGGCCGCCCGCACUACAGUUCAAGACCUCGCUGGGUUCCCCCUAAAGCUAUCCUAACCGAUCGCCCCGUCUCACCAAAAAAGACAACUGUAAAACUUAAAACAGAAUACCAGGCGGAAUGGCCUUUAAACGAGUGUGUAUGUUUGUAAACUUGUAGAUGCUGUACAUAUAGUGUAAAUGCCAGUGUUUUAGUUCAGAACAUGUGUGAAUAGGAUCUUUGCAGCUAGCGCUUUAACAAACAGGUGAAUCUUAAAGCCACACACUCCCUUUAUGUGCGUUCUUUUCAACAUGCUUGUGUUAUGGAAAAGUGUAAAGCACUUGCAGAUGUGUUUUACUCAUGAUCGUCUUAAUAUUUUGGGGUUUUUUUUAGAUGCUGCAGAAAAAUGUAAAGAAUUGGUUUUUUUUAAUUCUCAUCUAGGCACCACUUCUUAUUUGAAACAAAAAUCUAAAUAUUAUAUAUAUAUAUAUAUAUAUAUAUAUAUAUAUAUAUAUAUAUAUAUAUAUAUAUAUAUAUAUAAUGUUAAAGCCUAACAAUCACAUCAACAACUAGAUGUUUAUUGAGAGAUAUUUAUAUUUGUAGGAUUCUAACAAUAUUCAUUUUAUAGUUUUUUACCCUGUUAAGAUAAUGUAAGUAGUGUUAAAAUAUGCCAUUUAUACUGAGUGCCUAUAUUAGAACAAAUUAAUGUAUCCCAUUUGGUGGAUGGUCUUACGCUGUGCUUUUAUACUUAAAUUCUUCAUAUUGACAUUCCUUAAAUUCAGUCGCCAUUUUUGUGCCCAAGUAGGGCUGGGUAUCGAUACAGAUUCUCCAAUUCGGUUACAGUUCACAAGCUCUCAAUUCAAGUUCUCAACUUAAAUCCGAAUUAAUACGAUACUUAUGUAUUUGGGUAUGCAUUUCAGUUAUAUUGUCUAGUCUCUCUAUGUUUUUGUUUCAUUAUAAUGAAUCCACUCGAGUCAUUCGUUUUGGGAAUGAGGCUAGAGGUCUGCGCAGAACCAGUUUUUCUGCUCACAAAUUUUAAGUUUUGUCCCCCACAUAGAGAUCAGUCCCGUUCCAGUAAGAUUCUGUCCCUCUUCGGUGUCGUAGACCAUUUUUUUUUCUAAUUCCCACACACAAGUAUAUGACGCUUAAGACCUCACCGUGUUGCAUUUGUCGCUAUAGAGCAGGGGUGCCCAACUCUGUUCCUGGAGAUCUACCUACCUGCAAAGCUUAGCUCCAACCCUGAUAAAACACACCUGAAUUCAGAUCUCCAGGAGCACUUGAUAACUACAGACAGCUGUGUUGAGCAGGGCUGGAGCUGGACUCUGCAGGAAGGUAGAUUUCCAGGAACAGGGUUGGGCACAGCUGCUAUAGAAGGUAUGCAUUGACGUCACUUUCCUGCCAGAACACACCCCCUCAGCCGGACUGAGUGGCAAGAGAGCCUGCUGCAUGACUGGAUUUAAUAGGGGAAACUGCGAAAAUGUGAGUAAAACAAAUGAUUAUCAGUUUAAACUAAAGGUUGGACUCAAAAUAAUGUUCCUUACAACUUACCAAAGAUACAGUGAUCCAUGGAUAUUGACAUGCAGCCAGGAAUCAUGUUUCCUGACAUGCCUGACUUCGACGCCAGGGAAAUACAUAAAGCAAAUUUGCCUGUGAAUGCUUUAUAUAAAUACAAUAUAGGUAGGUCUAAAUCCGGGGGAUCACUUAUGUUAUAUAAUAUCGUCAUAAAGUCCAGCCCUAAAACGUGUAUAGUUUUUGUCAGUGUUUUUUUUUUUAAAACAUCCAAUUAUGCAGAAUAUAAUGUUAAAUAUUUAAUUGACGAGUUUUUAAUACAAUAUAUAACAAGACAAUAUACAGGGUAUGAUUUUAUCUCAACAUUCAACAUAUUGACACAAAAUGAUAACUGCAAAUGUCAGUCCAGUUGUUUCUGUGAAUUGCAGCGAUCUAUUUUCUUCUCUUUUCUGUAGAUUUCGUCAGUCUGUGAAAAUAUAGCUCCGAUUUCUCGUCAAAUCUAUCUGUACAUCUUUUUCCCGUUUUAGAUGUGUUUUGUGUUGUUUUUGCGGCAUUCACGCUGAAAACCAAACCUUUUUUCCACUCGGUGGGCGUAACCGCAGUUACUCCGGCUGACUGUGACGUCACGUGCAUUCCCUCAAUAGCCAAAAGGAAGAUGCCUAGCUGUCAUAAACUACCAAAAAAACAUUGAGAGUUUCCAACUCUGUCCCUAAAAACUUUUUAUUUUACUCAGUAGAUAUUGUGUAUCUUCAAACAAAACUAAAUUUGAGUAAAUUUUAUUUUUAGAUAUUUAUAUUUUCAUGGAGUCCCAUAAGUCAGGUGCCAUGGGAAUUCAGACCUCUAAAUUGCGCACUAUAUGUUUUUGGAGAUUUUUUUUUUAAUUUUUGUGUACAACCCCACACCUUAAUAGAAACAUUUCUUGCCAUCAUUUGUAUUGCAUCACAUUCAAAACCGGAAACAAAACAGACUACAAACUAUGAAAUAUUGCUAACUAUCAUAUUAAAAAAUAUGAUUUUUUUUUUUUUUUUUUUGCUGUGUCAAUUAAGAUUAAGCAGCAGGGAGUUGAUUUGGAGUGAGUCAUUUCAGCAGAGCACAGUGCCAUCUGUAGGACGGGAAGCGCAGUACAAAUAAUUGAUCAAACAGCCACAAAUGUAAAACGGUAAAAUAUUAAUUGUCAUCUUGGGAUAUUAAGAAUCUACAUUAGAACUGUUCAAAUGAAGAUCACAAUUAAUUGGAAAAAAAUCAAUAUUUUUACCCAGCCCUAUGCCCAAGUGCCCAAAAUAAUUGAGUGUCAAAGUUUUUUCUCAGGAAGUGGCUCCAGUUUAAAAAGAUGUCAAUACCCGCUUGCGGUAUGUUUUCAAGUUCCCUGUUAACACACAGUCUGCACUUUUUUGUAUUUGAAAAAAAAUCUGUAAGGGCUGCAAACACCAACUGUCCUUAGAGUCACUAUAAUAAGGUUAAAAUAAGAGCUUUUGUAAGAGCUACAAUAUUUUUUUAUUAAUAGAGACUGUGAUCUUAAUCUACACAUCUGUUAACCAAAAAUGUCAAGCAUUCCACGCAAGUUCAAACAUAGCAGAUUGUCACAAGAGCCUUAAGAAAUGUUGUUCUUCCUUUGAAAAGUGCCUGAGGGCGCUGCUUGAUGCAGCGCCUCCGAAUGUUGACUCGCCACUCUUCAGAGCGCAUCAUGUUUGAGAGAGGUGAUUGUUGUUUGCAUGACUAUUUGCCAUGCAAAUUAACCAUCCCUGCAUACCCCCAAACAAUGAGAUAAUGCUCAAAGCAAAAUAUCGCUGGAGAUAAAAACUAAUUUGUUGGUCAGUAUGGAAACCAUGUGCUGACACCAGCAUAAACGCAAUCAGUGAUUAGUCGUUGUUGAUUUAGCCCGAGGCGAGGAACACCUAGGGCAGACCUACGGGUCAGGACGUCAACGCCACGCACUCCAGUCACAUAGUAAAGGCAGAAGGGUUAUUGAGAGGUCUCAAACCAAAUGUCACCACACUGUUUUUUUUACCCAUCAUAUAUUUGUGACGAGAUUUUGCUGUUGUUAAAUGACCUUUUACGAAUGCAAAAGGAACAGAGAGGACAAAAGGUGGAGUGGAAACUUUUCUCAAAUCCUGCAGCCACAGUUCCCUAAACAUGAUUAAAAUGGAUCGCAAAAAAUGAAAUGGGUCAAAUUAUAGCUGCUGCAAGUAAUCUUUUUUAAUAGGCCUUACCACACAUAAACUUUACAACCUGACAGUCAGAUAUCACUAAAAUAUAUAUAUAAUAUAAUAAAACACUUGCUAUGAAAAAUAGAUUGUAAUACAUGGCUACUUUUAAAAAGCUGACAUGAAACAUUCUUCUUGCCAUCAUAAUGGUGUUACGGCGUGUACCACAAGAUGUGUGACACUAAACUGAAACCUAACCUGAAAAAUGAAAGAAAAAGUUGACUUGUUUGGAAACUAAAGUAAUUUUUGCAUUUGUUGGCAUUAAAAAAAUGCUUACAGCAGCUUUAAUCAGGUCUAUUCACCCCAAAUUGCAUUUUUCUGAACUAAAUCUUAAGGCCAGAUGUACUUUCUCCCUACACAAGCUAAAACAUGGAAGUAGGGCUUCCCCUGCUGUUUAUGGUGCUGAAUUACAGAGAACAAACAAAACUGACCAAGUCCUCCUUCUUGCCCUUGAUGUUCAUGCCAUAUUUGUGAGGUGUCAAAAAUUGUGGGAAUUUCUAGUGGUGUCAUACGCAUACUCAUAUUUAUAUUUUACGUUUUGUUACAUUUUGCACAAGAACACUAAAUGUAGCUGCAUUGUUGUUGUAUUUUCUUCUCUUGUUUGUUUGGCUUUACCUCUCAUAUCUUGGUGAUGUAGUGGUUCACUGUAAUAUAAGCUAAGCUCAUUGCUGUGUAAAAAAAAUGUGCAAAUGUCUUUAGAGUGUGCUCUGUCUCUUUAAAAAAUAAAUCUCUGCAACCAGUGA